UUGUUGCUAGCUUGACUCAACUUGUCAAAAUGGCGUUGCUCGUAGUGGGAGACUGGAGUUAGUUCAUAUUAUUCAGUGGCAUUUGAUCAUGAUUGAUAGUGGGCAACACGAGAAACGUUAGCCACAGGCAGUAUGGCGACCCUGGAUCAGAAAUCACCCAAUGUGCUUCUCCAGAGCCUCUGCUGCAGAAUCACGGGGAAAAGCGAAGCUGAAGUUGCCCACCAGUUCCAGUAUGCAGUGCGAGUCAUUGGCAGCAACUAUGCCCCCACUAUUGAGCGGGAUGAGUUCCUGGUGUCAGAGAAGAUCAAGAAAGAAUUGCUGAAGCAGAGGAGAGAAGCAGAUGCUGCUCUGUUCUCAGAGCUGCACAGAAAACUUCAGACGCAGGGCGUUCUGAAGCAUCGCUGGUCUGUUCUCUACCUGCUGCUCAGCCUCUCUGAAGACCCCCGUAAACCGUCCAGCAGGGUUGGGAACUAUGGGGCGCUUUUCGCCCAAGCCCUCCCCAGAGACGCCCACUCCACCCCGUUCUACUGCACCCGGCCUCAGAGCCUGGCCCUGAGCUAUGGGGAGAGGAGCGGCGGGCUGUCGGCCAGCGUGGGCACCAGCGGCAUCUCCAGCCUGGGGGUGUACACGCUGAAUGGACCCACGCCGACGCCACAGUCAUUGCUGGCCGGUCAACCCCCCCAGUCUGCAGCUGGCGGCGGUCAGCCCCUGGGCUCUCGGCUAGCCUGGGCUCUUCCCGUCAGCUCCUCCCCUUCCUCCGCUCUGGCCCCGACUGCCACCCGCCCUCCCCUCGGACCUCCAGUCCCCUCUGCCAGAGUGGUGCGUCCUCGCCGAGACGGUGACGCAGGCGGGGAGGUGAGCGAGGCGGCGCUAGUGCGGGACAUCCUCUAUGUCUUCCAGGGAAUCGAUGGCAAGUUCAUCAAGAUGAGCGCCCAGGAUAACUGCUACAAAAUAGACAGCAAGGUGGUGCUGUGCAAGUCCCUGAGGGACACGAGCAGCAGGCUGGCCGAGCUCGGCUGGCUCCACAACAAAGUCAGGAAGUACACCGACGCCAGGAGCCUCGACCGGGCCUUUGGGCUCGUCGGACAGAGCUUCUGCGCCUCACUGCACCAGGAACUGAAGGAGUACUACAGGCUUCUGUCUGUCCUCCACUCCCAGUUGCAGGUGGAGGACGACCAAGGCGUGAACGUGUGCACAGAGAGCAGUCUGACUCUGAGGAGGCUGCUGGUUUGGAUGUACGACCCCAAAGUCCGGCUCAAAACGCUAGCCGCCCUUGUUGACUUCUGCCAAGGUCGAAAGGGAGGUGAGCUGGCUUCAGCCGUUCACGCCUACGGGAAAACGGGAGACCCACAGAUGAGGGCGCUGGUUCAGCACAUCCUCAGCCUGGUGUCACACCCCAUCCUCAACUUCCUCUACAGGUGGAUCUAUGACGGAGAGCUAGAGGACACGUACCACGAGUUCUUUGUAGCAUCAGAUCCCAACGUGAAGACCGAUCGCCUGUGGCAUGACAAGUACUCCCUCAGGAAGUCUAUGAUCCCCUCAUUCAUCACCAUGGACCAGGCCCGCAAGGUUCUGCUCAUUGGUAAAUCCAUUAACUUCCUGCAUCAGGUUUGUCAUGACAGGACGCCGCCGGGCAAAAUCACGCCAGCGUCCAAGUCUGCAGACACGCCCAAAGACGCUGCAGAGCUGCUGUCAGACCUGGAGGGGGCCUUUCAGGAGAAGAUCGACGCUGCCUACUUCGACACCAGCAAAUACCUGCUGGAUGUCCUCAACCGCAACUACCUGCUGCUGGAGCACCUGCAGGCCAUGAGGAGAUACCUGCUGCUGGGCCAGGGAGACUUCAUCAGACACCUCAUGGACCUGCUCAAACCAGAGUUGGUGCGUCCGGCCACCACGCUGUACCAACACAACCUGACUGGUAUCCUAGAAACGGCAGUCAGAGCCACCAAUGCCCAGUUUGACAACGCAGAGAUCCUCAAGAGGCUCGAUGUGCGCCUGCUGGAGGUGUCUCCUGGUGACACAGGCUGGGAUGUUUUUAGUCUGGACUACCAUGUUGAUGGACCCAUUGCUACGGUGUUCACAAGAGAAUGCAUGGGCCACUACCUGCGUGUGUUUAACUUCCUGUGGAGGGCCAAGAGGAUGGAGUACACACUGACUGACAUCUGGAAGGGACAGAUGUGUAAUGCCAAGCUGCUCAAAACCAUGCCUGAGUUGUCCGGCGUGCUGCACCAGUGUCACAUCCUGGCCUCCGAGAUGGUCCACUUCAUCCACCAGAUGCAGUACUACAUCACCUUUGAGGUGUUGGAGUGCUCCUGGGAUGAGCUGUGGAACAAAGUGCAGCAGGCUCAGGACCUGGACCACAUCAUCGCUGCCCACGAUGUCUUCCUGGACACCAUCAUCUCCAGAUGCCUGCUGGACAAUAACAGCAGGAAUCUUCUGAACCAGCUGAGGGCCAUAUUUGACCAGAUCAUAGAGUUUCAGAACGCCCAGGACUCCCUCUACCGCUCGGCGCUGGAGGAACUCACCCUCAGACUGCAGUAUGAAGAGAGGAAGCAGCAGAGAGAAGAGGAGGGUCAGUGGGGAGUGACGGCCGAACAAGAAGCAGAAGAGAAGAGGAGGAUUCAGGAGUUCCAGGAAACCAUACCAAAGAUGCGCUCCCAGCUCCGAAUUCUCACCCACUGCUACCAGAACAUCGUGCAGCAGUUCCUGGUGUUGCUGAUGACGAGUUCAGAUGAGAGUCUGCGUUUCCUCAGCUUCAGACUGGACUUCAAUGAACACUACAGGGCCAGAGAGCCGAGGCUGCGAGCUUCACUGGGCGCCACCCGAGGGCGACGGCUGUCAAACAUCUGACACGAAGACAACGGCACUGACAAGCAACACUUCCCGUCAUCCGAGCAUGGGGUGUGACAUCGCAGAGAUGGGCUGACCAGCAGACUUUAAAGCGCUUCAUGUCGAGAUGAUGUCAUGCCUUGGAGGACGCAAUCCAGCACCGUCCUGAAUGUUCUGGCAUCGCGAGUGGCGGCGGCAAACAGUCGGUCACCAAGUGAUGACAUCACAGCAGACAGCUCCAGCAAAGUCAUCUGAGUGGGGAAACACAAACGAAUAAAGUCCAGUAAAUCAAACUUUUAAGAGCUUGUCGUGACAGACUGCUCGGUGUUCGGUGAGAAAUUCUGCAAAAAUAUCAAGUAAAUUUGGGAAAAUGAUCCAGUGGAGUGUGUGGAGGUAACAAGAAGCUGCUGUCAGACUGAGAUCCCCGUUUCACACAGGGCCACCUUACAUGGCAUGCCUUAUUAAUGAGAAAGAAAACAAAACCUUUUUUUUCUCAGCGCGGUUGCCAAAUCUAGUCCCAACACACAAAAUGUAUGUACAUAGAGUUUAUGCAAAAAUGUAUGUGUGUGUAUAUAUGCACUUCUCUGUGCACGUCAACACCUGUUGCUUCGCGUCUUCUCACUAGGGUUCGACGGAUAUGUGUCCGAUAUUGAUAUUUUUUCAAUUUUGUAUUUGUAGCAGUUAUUAAAAUGAAUAAUUGGGAGCAUUUUUACAACAAUUAUUCCACAAGAGACAGUGUUUCUGCUGUUUUCUUCUCAUUACGGUGGGAAAAAAUUAGUAUUUACAGCACGAGGCACCAAAACUCUACUGAACAGGCAGGAAACUAUCAGGAUAUUGAAUAUUUAAUAUUUAUGAUCAGUAUUGGCACACUGCUAUAUCAGUCUAACCCUAGUUCUUCACUCGCCUCCUUAAAAUCCAGGGUUUUUAGUACAUCAGGUCACAAUCAUACAGAGGAUUUGGAAUCUCACACACACACUCCCAAUUAUUGUAUCGAGCCCCCUUUGUUUACAUCCUGUGUUAAUAUCCGAGGUUUGUUGAUUUUAACCAAAUAGUUUCUGUUUGUCAUUAGAUUUGUAAAACAUAGGAACUUGACUGAGAACCGACCGAUAUAAAGAAUGUUCUGAAGGGUUUGUUAUGUAUUUAUGUGUGGUUUCCCUCUGUUUCCCUGCUUAGUUUACAGUGUGUGCUUCUACGUCUGUAUGAGAGAUGGAUCAUGUCAAAGAGAAACAAUCCUCACACAACCACAACAACCUCACUUCUCGUCACUGCAUAAAAAAUAAGAACUAGAAAUGUUCAGAUAUUUCAGUUUCUUUAAAUAUUGUAAAUAUUUCUAAGUCAAAAUCCAUGUUUAAAGAAUUUAAUGGUUCUAAAUGUUCA